CACCUUCACACUCCCCCCUCAAAACACACCAUAACCUCACCCAACAACCCAAUCCACCCAAUCAACCAACCCAGACCCAAAAUGACCCUGAAAACCUCCUACCUCCUACUCUACAACACCACCAACGCCCUCCUCUGGACCCGCAUCCUCCUCACCUUACUCACCUCCAUCAUCCUCGCCUCCCCUGUCCCCUCCUCCCCGGAAACCCUCUACACCACCCUCGAACCCUGGACAAGAUGGACUCAAACCCUCGCCAGCCUGGAGAUCCUACAUUCCGCCCUGGGCCUCACCCGCUCCCCCGUCUUCACAACCUUCACGCAGAUCUUCGCCCGCAGCGUCCAGGUCUGGGCCAUCAACUACGCCUUUCCGGUCACCACGAGGACGACGGCCGUCUACCCGGCCAUGCUGCUGGCGUGGGCCUCCGCGGACGCGAUCCGGUAUACGUAUUUCGCCGUGCUGAGUGUGGCGGGCGCGGCGGCGGUGCCGCGGUGGUUGCGGUGGUUGCGAUACUCGCUGUUCCUGGGUCUCUACCCCAUCGGGAUCGCCAGUGAAUGGUGGUUGAUGUUCCAGGCGACCCGGGUGACGGACAGCGUCGCGGUGAAGGGGAUCUUUGUCUUCUUUUUGGGGCUGUAUGCGCCUGGAUCGGUGAUGAUGUACAAGUAUAUGGUCAAGCAGAGGCGCAAGGUUUUGUCCACCACUGCUUGAAUCUUCUUUCAUAAGGGGGGUAAUAAGAGUUGGAGUCGGACAUUCUGAGUCGACCACUUAUGUCCAAAAGAAGAAAAAAGCAAAAAAAUGGGUUGGUGGUUAUACCUUCCACUACUGAUAC